GUUCAGUCAGUUGAGAGAUAUUGUUGUGCUGUACCUGUUUCAUAUUUGUCAUGUCUUAUUACAUGUGGGUAAUAUUAUUGCUCGCUGUUGCAAUCAAUGGACGAAUUAUACCAAGAAACCCUUUGGAGAAGAAUAUUCUCAGUUUCUUGACAAAAUGGCAAGCAGACAUGUUAACGAUUCCGUCGCUAAAAUCUUUAAAAAUUCCGCCAGUCGAAUAUAACUAUCAAGGAAGAGGAAUUAAGAUGGAUUACUCGAUUGGCGACAUGGAACUUACUGGUCUCAAGCAAUUUUCUAUCAAAAAUAUUGCUGCGUCAGAAAAAUCCUUAGAAGUAUCCUUAACAUUACUUUUUCCAGUCUUAACCCUUCGUUCUGAACAAUACAAAUUGACCGGCUGGGCUUAUUAUGUAUAUCCACUUAGAGGAUCGGGGAAGAUGAAUCUGGUCUUCCGAAAUUCUAUAAUUACCGCCACGGCGCGGUUUGCAUCUGACAGAGGCGGUACAAGAAUACACGAUUUCUUAUUAAACUUCGAUGUAAAACAAAUAGAGGUAAACACAUUUAACUCCCUAAUUCUCUUUUCUUAGAAUAUAGACAUCCAUCGAAAGAAUAUAAUCCUUUAAAUUUAACUCCUCUUAAAUAACUAAUUCGUUGAAAAUCUGUUACGAUGCUCUGACAUGUUCAAACAGAUAAAGAGAACGAAGUUAUAAGCAAUUCCUCAUCACAGUAAAACUCGGAAAGGAAUGUUUUUGACCUCGGUUUUUGUAACAUAUAUUUUUUAUAUCAUAAAAUUGCCGAGCAAGGCUUUAUAAAGUGAUUCAAUACCUACUUAAAAGCCUUAAGGUCCAUCUAAUAUUAUAAUGAAUACAUAAUAGAACUACGCUCACGUCGAUCCGACUUACCUCACCCGGGCCGGAUUUCAAAAGACACUUAAUUUGGUCUAAUCCGAGAAACGUACGUACGUGUUAUUAUUUAAUUAACUCACACAUAAAACGACACCGUCCCAUAGAUACAAAAACCUAUGCAUGUGGGAGUCAUAGGUGAUUAUGAAGCGUUUGUUUUAUAUAUUUAGCAAGAUUUUGCGGUAUGUGGCAAUAGUCCAGUCGGCAUUCAUAUUGAGCGGUUGCCACUUAGAACACUGUAACAGAAGAUCAUAUGACUGUUAUGCACGCUGCAGUCAACCUGCCCAAUGCUCACAACUAAUGCUUUAACCUAAGCGCAAAGCCUUAGCUGAAAACGUUCUGUGGCGUAUAUGGUGUUGCGGUGAGUUCUUAAACUUAACAUUAAAAUAGACCAGCGUAUGCGUGUCUGUAUUAGAGUACAGUAGUGUGUGUGUAUUUGGGUGUGUUUUUAUAAGGCUUACCUGAUAAAAAAAACUUUCAAUCUACCUGCUGGCUAAAUGUUAACAGUAGUCCAUGGACACCUGCAGCUAACCUUGAACAAAAAAGGCUACAAGUGGGUUGUCAUCUCUGAGGACUAAGACGAAGAAGAUCUGACAGUCUAUAAUUAUACUGGCUAUAUUCUUAAGACCUAAACACAUUAAUGCAAGCAAUGCUAUUUGGUGGCAGAAAAGCUAAGUGAGUGGUACCUACCCAGGCAGAAUCUCAGCAGAAAAAGGGUUCUAUCACCUAGUAGUGUGUGAAUCUGUUCGUAUGUUUGUGUAGAUGGAUUAACGACCUGAUAAGCCUUGCAUGAAGUCGAUGUAUGCUGGUGAUCGUGUUUUGUGAAAGUCCGUGGGGCUAGCAUAUGUUCAGGGAUGAAGUUAUGAUGGCAUAAAAUUAUGAUGAUAAUGAUGACGUAAUUUUGUCAGAGAACAGUAAAGUCUUACAAGAGUAAGUCUAAAAGCCUAAGACAGCGUCAGUGAUCGGUCGGGGCUAUAUGCGUAAUGCCAGUGCGUUCAGAGUAUUUGUAUAAUCUUUUUUAUUUUUUCAGGCUGAUCUCCAGAACAGUUCGUGGCCAAUAUAUGUAUUACUAAAUACUGAAGGCGCUCAAAUUCUUGCAGAAUAUCAUAGUACGAUAGUCAAAGCGCUGUGGGAUUAUGUUGUGCCCACCGUAAACGACUAUUUGUUAGAUGUGCCACCAUCACACCUUUUACAAAUCAUUGUGGAUUCUAAAUAAAUUAAUAUUCUA